GUAAGGUUCUUGAAGCCUAUAAAUGUUAGCUUUAAUAUAAGAUUUGGGUAAAUAUACAAGAUCACUAGAUGAUAAGGAUUUAUAGUGAUGAAGGCGUUAAGGUGCGGAGCUGACUAUAGCUCUCGUCAAUGCUGACUAAUCCCACCUCCAAAUGUUUUUGGUGGGACAUCAAUCUUCUUUCAAAGUGAUAUUCAAAUCCAACACCAUCAAAUCUCAAAUCUUCCAAUCAAUAUAGACAUCAUGACCGGACAAAAUAGAACCGCAAAUAUCAGCAGUGACCCAACUGCUAAUUCAGCAUUGGGAAACAUAGAAAAAUGGAUACAAGACCGGGAUUUAACUAAGGGCAAUAACUUGGUCGCCGCCGUGGUAGGAUGUGGUGAGUCAGAAACUUGACAGAUGAUAAAGGAAUAUUCACUCACACUUUUAGGAAAUAUGGGUAGUGCUAUACUUACUGGGAUUCUCGCUGCAAACUCCUUGUCAGGCGCAAGGGAUAAUACACCAAUUUCACAUAUUAUUGCUUGUACCAAGUCAGAAGCUUCAGCCUCCAAAGUAUAUCAAGCAUCAAAAGAUUGUGAGGCUGGCGAUAGACUUGCCGUAUUUUACGACGAUAACUUGAAAGCUUUCCAAUUGGCUGAUGUUAUCAUACUGGCAUGUAAGCCGUAUAUGGCUGAGGAAGUACUCGGCGCUCCUGGUGUUGGUGAUGCUUUAGCAAACAAACUUGUCAUCUCAGUUUUGGCAGGCUCGACAACGGAACAAUUGAAAGAAUUCGCUUUCAAUGGUAGCUCGGACACAAAAGGUUGUUCAUUUGUCAGGAGUAUGCCAAAUCUUGGGGCACAAAUCAAGGAAUCAUCAACCGUAAUCUCAACUGGAUCCGAAACUAUUUCUCCAAAACACGAAAAAGCCAUGGAAUGGAUCUUCCAAAGUAUUGGUCAAUACACAUACGUCCCUGACAAUGUUUUUCAAGUUGCCGGUGUUCUCGCAGGUUGCACUCCAGCAUGGUUUCUUACCGCCUUUGAUGGAAUUCUUGACGGUGCCGUGUCAGAAGGAAUGAAGCGCGAUACCGCAAAAGAGAUUUUAGCCGGUUCUAUGCUUGCAGCCGCAAAGCUCAUACAGAAUGGUGAACAUCCUGCAGUUCUGAGAGAGAAGGUUUCAUCGCCUAAGGGUACCACUAUUCAAGGUCUAAAAACUAUUGAGAAGGGUGGUGUCAGAUCCACAUAUUGUGAUGCAACCAUCGAUUCUGUACGACAUGGAUUAAACAUGAGCAAGAAAUAAGUUCUUUCUCGCCUCUAUAGAGGACUGAACUGAAGCUUGCCGCCAGCUAAGAAAUUGUGCCUUUUCGCACUGGAAGGAAAGAAUACCGCUACAUUUUUCAUACUUUGCUUGCCUUUGAAAACAGACGUGUAAUCUGAUAGACGAAGCUCAGGUUUCUAUAGAUUAGAACAGAUCAUGUCAAUAGACUAGAUUUCCCAUCGAGAUUUCCACCAUGCCGACACAUUUUUCUUCCGAGCAUUUUUGUAUUAUUGGAAUGCUAACAUAUUAGGACUUGAAUGGUGACAAAAGGACUUACUCAAUAGACACAAGCAUCACUUAUUUCCUAAUCCAAAGAA